AUGUAUAUCUCGGCCAAAGAUCGGCGGAGCAAAGUUGUUUACAUCGGGAGCAGCACUUCAGCGGUUAAGUCCAAAGAUGUGAGUGCCAUAUCCCGAACCGAUGAUCAGGCAUCUUCAAGCAUGUCUGAUGAAAGUGACUUGGCAAACUUUCAACUUCUUGAGAUCAAGGAGGGGGAAACAGGGGAAUGCAUCGUUCUUGUGGACAGUAGGGAGAGGGAAGACGUCCUAUACAUAAACUCAAAUUCUUGUUCCAUUUCAUGCCAGACAGACCCUCCAUGUCUGUUGCAAUGUUCUUACAACCCUCUUUGCAGCAUUCCCAUGUUCUUUUGUGCCUUACCAUUUCCUGGAGAAGCCACAACUCAGUGUACAAUUCCUGUAAAGGUGGAUGUUGGAGUAGGGACAAAUGCAGCACACCAUUCCUGCUCAGAUUCUUCCAAGAGAAUAGAAAAAAAAAAUUACAAGUCAGACAGUCCUGGAAUGCCAGUGAGGCAGGGAUGUGAAGUACAGAAUCUCAAAACAACUGCUGAUGGUGAUACAUUGAAAACACAGAGGAGCCCAAGUAAAGGCAAGAAUAUAGUUCAAGAGGCUGUGCUGCUGGCUCAUGUGGCCAUAGAUUUUUAUGACUAA